AUGAGACCUCAUAUUGCGUAUCUUCUUGCACCUUUCCCGCUGUCUUUGGUAGAAGCAAACUCUCGGUUCAAAACACGAAUCAUCACCGGCCGUAGAAGGGUCGAAGACGAAGAUGAUGAGUUGCAGCUUCAGCGCUUUUCCAAAAUCCUGCUUAAUGUAGACAAAGCUGCAACUUUCGACACUCUGCAUGCAGACCUCCCGUUCAGAUGGAGAGAGGCAGAGCCAUACGAUAUAGUCAACCCUUUUGGCGACUUCCGAGAAAUUGAUUUCAAAGCCCUCUGGACCUUCGACUUCCAAAACGAUGUGCUAAUUUAUAUUAAUCGCCACCAUCGCGCCCGUAUACCACUCGGCGUUCUUCGAAGUAGUCCAGUCACUCUAGGCGAUAUGGAAUCGCUCGGGCCGCCCGUACCUUCACUUCUACAUCCGACAUUGGAACCAUCAGUAGUGCCGUGUUGGAAGCCUCAAGUUCAAGUCGAUAAAAGAAAUCGCGCAUUCAUUCAUCGCAUUCUUCGCGAUUUUGAUGUCCAAUGGCGGCAUAUUCUUCGUAACGACUAUAACAGUAUAACUCUGCGAGUUCUUGCACGAGGCAUUAUUCGGCUUUCAACUCUAGAUUUCGAAAUUCGCGAAGAAACCGGUUUGCGACAUGGUGUAGGGGGCGAGUGGGUUUAUAUCACUGAAUUGCCCGCGUGGACGCCAUUCGAGACAGAUAUUGUACCAAUAGGAGACGUUCACCUAAUUGUUUGCCAUUCAAUACAGAACGGACUUUCCAAAGCUAAGGAACACAUUGCCUCUCAGCAAUCCGUAGCCGUUAUUGGGACAGACUAUACACACAAGCGACCAGAGUACAUUAUCUUGUCAGUUAAGCAUAUCGUACUAUGUCGCGCCAUAGGCCCGUAUGAACUUGAGCACACUGCUCCACAGUCGUUGUUUAAUGGCAAUCCCGACGUCGCUCCUCCAUCGGAACUGGCUCUAGAUUACCUUCUCUGGGCUCUGACUCCAGCUAUCAGUUUUAUCAACACGCCCCUUCUAGCGUUGCCGGUUGAGAUCCAGGACAUUAUAUUAGGUUAUGCUGCUGUAGGACCAGUAGCCGCCGCCAGGGUUGGCUGCAUACUCAGUCUAGGAACGCCAUAUUUGUGGAAACAUGGCCCUUUAGAUAUCAAAUUGGAGGAUAUACGUAUGAAUCGUAACCCGUGGUCGCCUGUCGAAUCUCAAGUCUGGUUUUCUGAGAGCGAAGUCGGUAUAGUAUACAGAGGCAGAGCGUAG